AUGAGCACGUUGACGACAAACGACAUCGAGAUUGCCACUCGCGCGGCGGACAACUUCACGCGCCUCUACUACACAACGUACGACUCCGCGACGCGUGUCGAGGACCUGCCCAAUUUCUACCGGCCGACGUCCGCGCUCACAUGGAACGGCAAGCCCUUCGAGGGCGUCGACGGCGUCCGGAACCUUGUCGCCGGCAUCCCCUCCACCAAACACGAGGUCCAGUCGUUCGACUGCCACCCCAUCCCAGACGUUCAUGCUCGCCCCGGACCCGAACGCGCCCCCCGCGAAGGCGGCGAGGUCGCGAAGUACUACAUCACCGCGGACGCGCUUCGCUUCGUCGGCUGA